AAUGCAGCCGCUGUUAUUGAACAGCUGUUCCAUGCACCUCUGUUUGCCGCACAAAAUAUAAAAUAAAUUAAAAUGGAAUUAGAGGGUUCCGAGUUGGGCACAAAGGAGUACUGGGAAACCAGCUACACGCGAGAAAUCAAAAACUACAAAAGCCACGGCGAUGUGGGUGAAAUCUGGUUUGACGAGGACUCUCAACAGCGCAUUGUAGACUGGCUGCUGAAGCAGGAGACCCUCAAUAAACAAACAGCACGUGUGCUCGACUUGGGCUGCGGCAAUGGUAUGUUCCUGAUCGCUCUGGCCAACGAGGGAUUCACACAGCUCACAGGCGUUGACUACUCACCCAAGGCAAUUGAGCUGGCCAAGGGCAUAGCCAAGGAUCAAGCGCUGAACAUCAGUUACGAUGUCGCGGAUUUGACCCAGAACGUUUGCCCAACGCUGGGCACCUACGCCAUUGUCCACGACAAGGGCACCUACGAUGCGGUCAGCCUGUGCCCAGACAAUCCCAAGGAGCAGCGUACAAAUUAUCUGGCCACUGUCGCACAGUUGCUGCACGACAAGAACAGCCUGUUCGUUAUCACCUCCUGCAACUGGACGGAGGACGAGUUGCUGCAGAGCUUCGAGCAUCUUUUUGUCAAAUAUUGCACCAUACCCACGCCCACAUUCAAAUUUGGCGGCAAGGUGGGCAAUGUGGUUACCUCCGUAGUGUUUAAGAAAAAAUGAACAAUAAAUCAAAUGCAUUUUUUACCAACACUAA